AUGUCAUUUAGUCCAGUUGAAAGCAGUUUCAUGGUUGUAGAUGAAGAACGUGUCCGAAGAGACUUUGAAUCUAGCAUGGACAUAGUACAGGAAAUUAAAUUUAAGUCUAGGAUCCGAGGAACUGAAGACUGGGCGCCCCCUAGAUUUCAAAUCAUAUUUAACAUUCAUCCACCACUCAAGAGAGAGAUCGUGGUGGCAGCCCAGAAUUUUUUCUGCGCUGGCUGUGGAACUCCAAUAGAGCCUAAGUUUGUGAAGCGGCUCCGGUACUGCGAGUACCUGGGGAAGUACUUCUGCGACUGCUGCCACUCGUACGCCGAGUCCUGCGUCCCUGCGCGGAUCCUGAUGAUGUGGGACUUCAGGAAGUACUACGUCAGCAAUUUCUCCAAGCAGCUGCUGGACGGCAUAUGGCACCAGCCUAUUUUCAACUUGCUGAGCAUCAGCCAAAGCCUCUAUGCGAAAGCCAAAGAGCUGGCCAGAGUGAAGCUUUGCGUGUUUCGUGAAGAAGUCCCCCAAGUGGUGUCAGCUUCAGCCUCCACAAAACCUGGAUCCAUCCGGGACCCUCUGUGGGAAGUCCAGGAGCAGCUUUUUCAUAUCAAGAAGCUGUUGAAGACCUGCAGGUUUGCUGACAGGUACUGUCCUUGCCUGGGACAGUCUGCUUCCCCCCGUCUCUUCUGCUCAUCCUCUGAGUGCCACCGGGUCCCGGCUCCCCUACUACACAUGA